AUGUCGGUUGUUGUGGACGUCAAUAUUGAUCAAGAUGAGAAUAUCUAUGAGAGAUUGAAGAAGGCAGCUCAAGAUGGGGAUAUCGAGAAACUGUAUGCCUUGAUUGCUCAAGAUCCAGAUAUUCUUGAGCAUUUUGAUAAAGUGUCUUUCUGCGAGACGCCACUACACGUUGCAGCAGAAAAUGGGAAAACUCAUUUCGCCAUGGAAGUAAUGAACCUUAAGCCGUCGCUUGCUAUGAAGCUAAACGUGUCGGGUUACAGCCCAUUGCAUUUAGCCCUUCAAGGUAAGCAUGUUCGGAUGGUGAGAGGAUUUGUAGCUAUGGACAGCAGCUUAGUGAGCAUCAAGGGAAGAGGAAGGAUCACACCUUUGCAUCAUGUGGCUCGAGUAGGUGAUUCAGAGUUGUUGAGUGAGUUCUUGCUUGCUUGUCCUUCUUCUAUACAAGAUUUGACGAUUAAGUGUGAGACAGCCGUGCACGUUGCUGUUAAGAAUCAUCAGUUUGAGGCGUUUAAGAUUCUGUUGGGAUGGAUCCAGAGAGUAAAGAGGGAAGACAUCUUGGACUGGAAGGAUGAAGAUGGUAACACAGUUUACCAUAACGCUGCCUCAAUGAACCAAACAGAGGUGAUGAAGUUGCUUGGUAAAACUGUGAAAGUAAAUGCCAAGAACUUGGAUGGUAAGACUGCAGCAGAGAUACUCCAAACUUACAAAUCUCCUUUUUUCCCCAAAGCAAGCAGAUUUCUCCGUCGUGCUAAAGAAAGACUAUUUUGUGGUCCCACAAUGACUCUUGGGAGUUAUUUGAGCAAGAAACCAUCGCUUAUUGAGAAAAGGAAUAGUCUCUUGGGGCUGAGCAAGAUUGGACACGGAUCUCAAAGUAGUGACAGCAGGAGUAUGAUUCUUGUGGUGGCUAUACUGGUAGUUACAGCUACUUACCAAGCUGGUCUCAGUCCUCCUGGCGGAUUUUGGCAGGAGAGUUCCCCAAAUGUAGGAGAUUGGGAUAGUCACGUAGCCGGGCAGAUGGUAAUGCCUUUCUACAUAGCGUUAUAUUUUUAUGUGCUCAAUGGAAUUGCCUUCUUCUCAUCUUUAUACGUGAUCAUGAUCCUCAUAGUUGGACUCCCCAUGUGGAAGGUCCUCUACGGUUCUAUUGCGGCUCUAGCCAUCGCUAAUAUUGCAACCUUGAGCAGUACAUUUCCGAUUGGAGAUGACCUAGCCGAUGACCUAGUCGAGAAUGUCAUAGGGUCCAUCUUGAAUUUUGUGUACCUAGUGACUGUAGGAUCCAUAGUUUCUGCUCCAUUCGUGGAAUUCCUUGUCACAUCCUCCGACUCCUCCGGAUCAUACAUUCUGCCGGAGCACUUUGAGAUUUCGUCAAAUCCUUUCUCAAGGGUCUUCACUGUUCAUCGAUUUUUAGUGUUUACAUUCGGCGGCGGGUUUCCUCGUUGGGUCGUGACGUUUCAUAUUCCCGCCACCACCACCGCUGAGCUAGCAUUUUCAUCACUGUUCUCAUUUCUGGAAAUGGAUGUGGAAAUGGGUGAUUCAUCUUUCAUGGAAGAGCGCAACGACAAGGUGAAAGUUUCGAGUAGAAAAAGGUCGAGAAAACCCAAACCUUUGGAAUUUUUAGGAUGGGGGUCAAAAAACCUCAUCGAGUUUCUUCAGUCACUUGGUAGAGAUACCACCAACAAGAUCUCCGAGCAGGAUGUUACAUCGAUUAUCAUGAGCUACAUCCGGGAGAAGAACCACGCGUACGAUCACAUAAUCAAAGUCCCUGAUUUGGUAGAGAAGCAUUACGUUGAGAAUCAGGACGACGACGCAGAGUUUGGUUUCCUCUUCGACUCAGAUGAUGACAAAGGACAGCAGAGAUUGUCUCUAUCAGAUAAGAUUGAUAAACAGAUUACACAGGUUGUGAAAAAGCCUAAAGGGACUCUUGCUGCAAUAGUGAUGGAUAACGUCAAGCUUUUGUAUUUGAGGAAGAGUUUGGUUCAGGAACUAGCCAAGACCCCUGAAACCUUUGGAAGUAAAGUUUUGGGGACUUUUGUGAAGAUCAAGAAUCCCUCUCAGCUUGUUCAAAUCACAGGUGUGAAGGAGGGAAAUCCGAUUGAUGGUCAUUUUCUUCAGGUUGCUAAUUACUCAUAUCAUCUAGAAGAUGUUCCUUCCUCUGUCCUUUCAGAUGAUGAUUUCUCUCCGGAGGAAUGUGCAGAAUUGCGUCAGAGAAUCAAGAAUGGCUGUGUAAAGAGACUCACAGUUGUGGACAUGGAAGAAAAGGUUCGAAGUUUGCAUGAAGAUGUGACAAAACAUUGGAUAGCAAGAGAGCUUGCACUGUUACGAAGGCGUAUUAAUCAGGCCAGUGAAAAGGGAUGGCGAAGAGAAUAUCCUUUUUGUUAUCUGGAAGAAAGAGAGCUUCUUGAGAAUCCGGAAGAACAGUCGAUGCUAUUGCGUGAAGUUCCAGAAGUUGUUGCAGAAGAAGUACUUGAACCUCAAUGUGUAUAUGAUGGUGUGAAAAUAGAACAUGAAUUCAUGGAACCAAUCCCUGUGGUCUACAUUGAGGCUCCUCAAAGUGAGGAAGAACAACAACAACUAAGUGAUUCACCGGUUGAUAGUGUGAAAAUAGAAGAUGAAUUCAUGGAGCCAAGCCCUGUGGCCUUCAAUGAGGCUCCUCAAAGUGAGGAAGAAAAACAACAACUAAGUGAUUCACCGGUCGAUAGUGUCCAUGAUGGUGUGAAGAUAGAAAAUGACUUCAUGGAACCAAACCCUGGGGCCUGCAUUAAGGAAGAACAACAACAGCUAAGUGAUUCACCAGUUGAUAGUGUCCAGAAAAAUCAAGAAAACUCCAAGCUCGGUGAUGGAGAAGACCAACCAUCACUGGCUGCUUCUGCAGACGACAAAAAGGAUAAGGAGCCACCAGAAAAUGCAGAGAACAAGGAACCUAUCACAGAAAAUGUACCUCAAGCUCAAUCAAAUCCAGUAGAGAUUAUUGAAUUGAGCGAUGAUGAUGAUGAUGAUGACGAGGAGGACAAUGACAAUGGAGUUUACGAGAAGUGUGAUCCAAAGAAGGUGAUGUGGUGCUAUGAACAACCUAAAGGAAGAACAAAUGGACCCUUCUCUCUCGCACAGCUCAAGGAGUGGAACGACGAGGAAUACUUUGUUCACGUUCCAGAUUUCAAAGUGUGGAUGACAGGAAAAGGCAUGAGAUCUGCAGUGUUGCUCACCAAACUUCUCCAUCACAUCAAGGCCUAA